CCGUGCGAGCCGGCGUCGGCGAUGCCAGCCAGUUCGAUAAGUAUCCGGAGGAGUCGGAGCAGUAUGGGCAAGCUGGCGACGACCCGUGCGUGCAGGCUCCGCCGUACACUGUAGAUCACAUUCUGACGUGUCCUAAUAGUCACGGACACCUGUUUCCCGACUUCUAGACACGUCCGUCCGUCCUUCUCUCCUUCAGCCGCUUACACAACUCCACCAGCCAUGGUUGCUUGUUUGUUUGCAUCAACGACGCAACCAUCAAGCCCGUGUCGAGGUCCCACUACUCUCUCUAUCCCUCUUUCCCUACCAGAAGCUUUUGACAAACAUGUGGGCUAUGACAAAAGCGCGAGGUGGCUUGUGUACUCUUUCCUUGAUUUGUGUUUACUAGUUAUUCUUAUUCGUGCUGUUUAUGGCACAUCAUUGGAUACGGUGCGAAGCGGCGAUCGCACACCAAGUGCACGAGGUGCGCCGGAAGGAAGGAUGGGCUGAUCAAGUCAAAACAGACGAUACAAUGCAACAUCAACAGUGUCAUGACG